AUGUCUUCCCACGAAAUGAACAACGGCGGCGACUGCCUCAACAUCGACUGGGAAUCGGUCACAUCUAAAGUUACCUACUAUGGGCUCGACGGCCUCCCCGAGCCCAUCCGCAAAUUCUACGUCGUGGGCCAAGUGAUCGCCAACUCUGCCGUCUGCGAUCGCCACAGGAUGAACCUCCUGACGGGGUACCUCAACGCGCUCGACGAUGCGUCCUACUGGGCCAUCCCGGAGUUUUGCGACCCCGACUUCUCCAGGGUGCAGGCGGACUCAUCCGUGCCCUCGGUGGACCGGUGCCUGAUGUGGAUGGAAACACUCACGGCCAAAUGGCCGCUGCCUGCCUCGAUGUUUACGGACGCGGGCAUGUACAUGCUGACGGAGGAGCAGGUCUGGAUGGAAGUGUUCUUCUGGUGCUCGGGGUGUAUGGGCACAUCGGGGCAGAGCAAGGAUCAGUUGUGGGAAUUGUUGGGGUUUGUGGCGCCUUACAUCACGGCCGAUGGCCGUCGUAUGGUGGAUGGACUCCAAGGGGGGAGUUGUCCUCAUCCCAGGGUUAGAUAUUGGCUGUCCAGUUCCAUCAUGAUGCUGCUGAACAUCAACGUUGCCAGCCCGGCCAUGUGA